AUGGCGGUACUUCCUACUGAAUUGAUCAUUGAAAUUCUCUCAAAAUUACCCGUUAAAACACUUCUUCGCUUUCUAUGCGUUUGCAAAUCUUGGAAUUCCUUAAUUAAAUCCCCCAAUUUCAUCAAUAUCCACCUCAAUCAAACCUUAAUUUCUAACUCUGAUCGUCAUCUCCUACUAUUUUACCCGUCUCUUCGAUCUGCUGAGCUCGACCUCCACUAUAAUCAACUCUCUUUCUCUGAAAUCCACCACCCUUUGCAACCCCACAAUUUAAGCUUGUUUGGUUCCUGCAAUGGCAUUGUUUGCCUCUCCGACAAUUCGAAUAGUGAUGUUGUCCUGUUCAAUCCUCUUACUAAGUCUCAUCGUAAGCUGAAACUCCCAUCUGUUAGCAUUUCUGCAGACUACAUUGUUAAGUUUUGA